AUGAAGUUCUUCGUCCCUGCCUUCCUUUUUGCUGCUACCGCCAUGGCCCUGCCUGGCUCGGGCCAUACUGCUUCCCAUUCCGACAACGAGGUCGAGAACGCAGUGAAUCAGUGUGGUAACGGUGCCCAGAUGUCUUGCUGCAACACCUUCCACCAGAACAAGAAUAUCACCCAGCAUAACGUUGGUGUCCUCUCCAAUGUCCUCGGUGCCGUUGGCGGCGAGGGUCUCGGCCUAGGCCAGGGCUGCUCUCAGUUUAACAUCCCCGUCUCUGUCCUUGGUGCCGCUGGCCUGACCGACUUCCUCAAGAAGAACUGCCAGCAGAACGUUGCCUGCUGCCAGAACUCCAGCUCCCAGGCUAACAACAACCUCAUCGGUAUCGCCGCCCCUUGUGUCAGCUUCGGCAGCCUUCUGUAA